GACAGAGAGAUUUGCGCGGCCUCGUUUAAAUAAACCGGCUGGAGCCGGUAAGAAGCUGCUUAAACAUUGAAAUAAAGCGGCUGGAGCCGGUAAUUUGCUGCCCUAACAAGCCGCCAUGAAGGACUUCUUCACUGGCCAGGGUUGCUUGGGUCCAAGUGUUUACCCAGAAGUGCCUGAUGGUGGCUGGGGCUGGGCUGUGGCCCUGGCCUUCUUUGUGGUGGAGAUCUGCACCUAUGGAACCCUCAAGAGCCUGGGCGUCUUUCUCCAGGAUCUGAUGGAGGAGUUUGGGGAGAGUAACAGCCGGGUGUCGUGGGUCAUCUCCAUCUGUGUCUUCAUCUUCACCUUCACUGCUCCCCUGUCUACCGUGCUGAGCAACCGCUUCGGCCAUCGUCUGGUGGUGAUGGUGGGGGGCUUCCUCAUCAGUCUGGGCACCAUCAGCUCUGCCUUCGCCAACUCCAUCAAUGAGAUGUACGUCACCAUGGGCGUGGUCUCAGGCCUCGGCCACUGCCUCGCCUUCCUGCCCACCCUCACCCUUCUGGCCCAGUACUUCUCCCGGCGGCGAGCCCUCGUCAUCUCGGCUGCUUCCUCCGGAGAAUCUUUCGCCAUGUUUGCAUUUGCUCCAGUCUUGACCCGGCUGAAGGAGCACAUGGGUUGGCGCUGCUGCCUCCUUCUCCUUGGGAUUCUUCAGAGCGCCGUUCUGGCUUGCGGUCUUCUUCUUCGGCCAAUCGUCAUCCAGCCUCCGCCUGACAAGGAGGAUGGUGAAGUGGAGGCCUCGGUCUCUCUGAAAGAACUGCAGGCCGCCUAUGAGCUGGAGAACGAACAGACCAGAACCUCCAUCAGUUCUAAAGUGUCUGCCGGCUCACAGGACUCGGGCGUCACUUCGCUCUCGUCCUCCAACGUGGACUUGAGGGUGGCAGGAGUUGAAGUCCAGCUGGACUGGGCUAUGCGGGACAAAGAGGACCAGGAGGCGUCCUGGGACACACCUCUCCAACCUGAGGCUGAGCCAGAACUUGCGGGUCCUUCUGGACCCCCCAGACCCAAACUUGUGGACUUGUCUGUCCUGAAAGACCGUGCCUUCAUCUGCUACUCCCUCUUUGGUUUGUUGGCCACUCUGGGCUUCUUCGCCCCGCAGCUCUACAUCAUCCAACUGAGCAAGAGUCGCGGCGUGGACACCAGCACGGCGUCCUGCAUGCUGUCCGUCAUGGCGGUUGCCGACAUCUUUGGUCGCCUGUCCAUCGGGCCGGUGCUGAGCAAAGCGCGCUGCAGAAAGACCCUGGUCUUGUUGUGGUGUGUGAUGUCCCUGUGCCUGGUUCUGGUGGCCUUCACCCUGGUUUGGGACUUUUGGGGCCUGGCGGUCUGCUGUGCUCUCUACGGCUACUUCCUGGGCACCGUGGGCUCCACACACAUCCCCAUGCUGGCAGAGGAGGACGUGGUGGGCGUGGAGAAGAUGGCGUCCUCCGUGGGCGUCUACGUCUUCAUCCAGAGCUUCGCUGGGCUUGCUGGACCGCCGCUUGGAGGCGCGCUGGUGGACCUCAGCGACGACUACGGCGCCGCCUUCUACUCAUGCGCUGUCGGCAUGGGACUGGCCGCCGUCUGCCUGGCUCUGCUUGGACCCGUCAAGUCUGGCAGGUGUCCCACGCGUGCAUGUGGACCGGAGGAGGACCUAGACUCCCAGGUGGAGUCUGGCAGGUGUCCCACGCGUGCAUGUGGACCGGAGGAGGACCUGGACUCCCAGGACAGCGGGCAGCCCGACUUUUUGGAGGUGGACUUGGCAGUGGAGGACACGCCCGUGAAGAAGACAACAAAAGGAUGUGAAGAAGAGUUCUUGUGUGGAAUGAAGGCAACAAAAUAUGUGAAGAAGAGUUCUUGUGUGGCAUGAAGACAACAAAAGACGUGAAGAAGGGUCCUUGUGUGGCAUGAAGACAACCAAAGAUGUGAAGAAGAGUCCUUGUGUGGCAUGAAGACAACGAGUCCUUGUGUGGCAUGUAGACAACACAAGGAUGUGAAGAAGAGUCCUUGUGUGACAUGAAGACAACAAAAGUAUGUGAAGAAGAGUCCUUGUGUGGCAUGAAUACAACAAAAGAUGUGAAGAAGAGUCUUUGUGUGGCAUGAAGACAACAAAAUAUGUGAAGAAGAGUCCUUGUGUGACAUGAAGACAACAAAAGAUGUGAAGAAGAGUUCUUGUGUGGCAUGAAGACAACAAAAGGAUGUGAAGAAGAGUCCUUGUGUGACAUGAAGACAAAAGAUGUGAAGAAGAGUUCUUGUGUGACAUAAAGACAACAAAAGGAUGUGAAGAAGAGUCCUUGUGUGGCAUGAAGACAAAAGGACGUGAAGAAGAGUCCUUGUGUGGCACGAAGACAACAAAAUGGUGUGAAGAAGAGUUAUUGUGUGACAUAAAGACAAUGAAAGAUGUGAAGAAGAGUUCUUGUGUGACAUGAAGACAACAAAAGUAUGUGAAGAAGAGUUCUGGUGUGGCAUGAAGACAACAAAAGACGUGAAGAAGAGUCAUUGUGUGGCAUGAAGACAAUCGGUCCUUGUGUGACAUAAAGACAACAAAAGGAUGUGAAGAAGAGUCCUUGUGUGGCAUGAAGACAAAAGGACGUGAAGAAGAGUCCUUGUGUGGCACGAAGACAACAAAAUGGUGUGAAGAAGAGUCAUUGUGUGACAUGAAGACAACAAAAGGAUGUGAAGAAGAGUCCUUGUGUGACAUGAAGACAACAAAAGAUGUGAAGAAGCGUCCUUGUGUGACAUGAAGACAACAAAAGAUGUGAAGAAGAGUUCUUGUGUGGCAUGAAGACAACAAAAGAUGUGAAGAAGAGUCCUUGUGUGGCAUGAAGACAACAAAAGAUGUAAAGAAGAGUUAUUGUGUGGCAUGAAGACAACAAAAGGAUGUGAAGAAGAGUCCUUGUGUGACAUGAAGACAACAAAAGAUGUGAAGAAGAGUCCUUGUGUGGCACGAAGACAACAAAAUGGUGUGAAGAAGAGUUAUUGUGUGACAUGAAGACAACGAAAGAUGUGAAAAAGAGUUUUUGUGUGACAUGAAGACAACAAAAGUAUGUGAAGAAGAGUUUUUGUGUGACAUGAAGACAACAAAAGUAUGUGAAGAAGAGUCCUUGUGUGACAUGAAGACAACAAAAGAUGUGAAGAAGAGUCCUUGUGUGACAUGAAGACAACAAAAGAUGUGAAGAAUAGUUCUUGUGUGGCAUGAAGACAACAAAAGAUGUGAAGAAGAGUUCUUGUGUGGCAUAAAGACAACAAAAUAUGUGAAGAGUUCUUGUGUGGCAUGAAGACAACAAAAGUAUGUGAAGAAGAGUCCUUGUGUGGCAUGAAGACAACAAAAUACUUUGAUUGUUGGGCUUUAUUCCAGAGUCUGACAAGCUUCUCAAGGACACCAGAGAACAUCGUCUUCACACAACUUGUCACUCCUGACCCACCAUCAGCACCUCUCAGGAAACAUCACAACUACACAAAUAUUCAUACGAAAAUAUUCAUGUACAAAUAUUCAUAUAAAGAUAUUGAUGUACAAAUAGCUGUAUAAAAAUAUUCAUCUUAAUAUAAAAAUAUUCCUCCAAUCUACGCAGACAAAAUAAUUGUCAUAUUCAUAAUCCAUUCUUGUCCUUAUUGAGUCACAUGACCUUUCUUCUAGAAGCCUGAAAAACUUGAUGAUGUUGAAAAGAUGACUUGUAGAAAUAUUCUAUUGUUUUACUGCAAUACAAUCAUGUCAACAUUUACACUUAUGCAACAUGUUGUUUACACAUCUAUAACUACACACAUGUUGUACUUCUAUAACUACACACAUGUUGUACUUCUAUAACUACACACAUGCUGUACUUCUAUAACUACGCACAUGUUGUACUUCUAUAACUACACACAUGUACUUCUAUAACUACACACAUGUACUUAUAUAACUACACACAUGUUGUACUUUUAUAACUACAAACAUGUACUUCUCUCAUUACAUGUGUUGUAUACUUCUAUAACUACACACAUGUUGUACUUCUAUAACUACACAUAUGUUGUAUACUUCUAUAACUACACACAUGUACUUCUAUAACUACACACAUGUUGUACUUCUAUAACUACACACAUGCUGUACUUCUAUAACUACGCACAUGUACUUCUAUAACUACACACAUGUACUUAUAUAACUACACACAUGUACUUAUAUAACUACACACAUGUUGUACUUAUAUAACUACACACAUGUUAGAUACAUAGUACUUUAUUGAUUCCUUCAGGAGAUUUCCCUCAGGAAAAUUCAAAUGUUGUAUACUUCUAUAACUAUACACAUGUUGUAUACUUCUAUAACUAUACACGUGUUGUAUACUUCUAUAACUAUACACACGUACUUAUAUAACAACACGCAUGUUGUAUUUCUAUAGCUAUACACAUGUUGUAUACUUCUAUAACUAUACACAUGUAUAGUUCUAUAACUACACAUGUACUGAUAUAACUAUACAAAUGUUGUACUUAUAUAACUACACACAUGUUAUACUUAUAACUACACACAUGUUGUACUUAUAUAACUACACGCAUGUUAUACUUAUAACUACACACAUGUACUUAUAUAACUACACACAUGUACUGAUAUUACUACACAAAUGUGCUUAUGUAACUACACACAUGUUGUAUACUUCUAUAACUACACACAUGUACUUAUAUAACUACACUACACACAGGUUGUACUUCUAUUACUACAUAUAUGUCACAUGUACUUCUAUAACUACACACAUGUCGUAUACUUCUAUAACUACACACAUGUUGAACUUAUAUAACCACACAUGUACUUCUAUAACUACACACAUCCAUCCAUCCAUCCAUUUUCUACCGCUUAAUCCCUUCGGGGGCGCUGGAGCCUAUCUCAGCUACAAUCGGGUGGAAGGCGGACUACAACCUGGACAAGUCGCCACCUCAUCACAAGGCCAACACAGAUAGACAGACAACAUUCACACUCACAUUCCCACACUAGGGCCAAUUUUAGUGUUGCCAAUCAACCUAUCCUCAGGUGUCAUAUACUCAUAUAACUACACACAUGUUGUAUACUUCUAUAACUACACACAUGUUGUACUUAUAUAACUACACGCAUGUUGUACUUAUAUAACCACACAUGUACUUAUAUAACUACACACAUGUUGUAUACUUCUAUAACCACACAUAUUGUAUUUCUAUAACUACACACAUGUACUCAUAUAACCACACAUGUACUUCUUUAACUACACUCAUGUUGUACUUUUAGAACUACACACAUGUUGUAUACUUCUAUAACUAUACACGUGUUGUUUACUUCUAUAACUACACACACGUACUUAUAUAACCACACAUAUUGUACUUCUAUUACUACACACAUGUUGUAUACUUCUAUAAUUACACACAUGUACUUAUAUAACUACACGUAUGUUGUACUUCUAUAACUACACACACGUAUACUUCUAUAACUACACACAUGUUGUAUACUUAUAUAACUACACACAUGUACUUCUAUUACUAUACACAUGUUGUAUACUUCUAUAACUAUACACAUGUUGUAUACUUCUAUACCUAUACACGUGUUGUAUACUUAUAUAACUACACACAUGUACUUAUAUAACUACACACAUGUUGUACUUAUAUAACUACACACAUGUUGUAGGCUUCUAUAACUACACACAUGUUGUAGGCUUCUAUAACUACACACAUGUUGUACAUCUACAAAAGCCAAAGGCAGUGAAGUUUUCACGUUGUGUAAAUGGUAAAUAAAAAGAGAAGACAAUGAUUUGCAAAUCCUUAAAGACAAGAUAUUUCAUGUUCACACUGAGAAACUUUGUUAUUUUUUGCAAAUAUUAGCUCAUUUGGAAUUUGAUGCCUGUGAGAAAGUAAGAAAGUUGAGGAAUGCUCAUCAAAGCCUUAUUUGGAACAUCCCACAGGUGAACAGGCUAAUUGGGAACAGGUGGGUGCCAUGAUUGGGUAUAAAAGCAGCUUCCAUGAAAUGCUCAGUCAUUCACAAACAAGGACGGGGCGAGGGUCACCCUUUUGUCAACAAAUGCCUGAGCAAAUUGUUUAAGAACAACAUUUCUCAACCAGCUAUUGCAAGGAAUUUAGGGAUUUCACCAUCUAUGCUCCGUAAUGUCAAAAGGUUCAGAGAAUCUGGAGAAAUCACUGCAUGUAAGCGAUGAUAUUACGCACCUUGGAUCCCUCAGGCGGUACUGUAUCAAAAAGCCACAUCAGUGUGUAAAGGAUAUCACCACAUGGGCUCAGGAACACUUCAGAAAACCACUGUCAGUAACUACAGUUGGUCGCUACAUCUGUAAGUGCAAGUUAAAACUCUACAAUACAAAGCCAUUUAUCAACAACACCCAGAAACGCUUCGCUGUGCCCGAGCUCAUCUAAGAUGGACUGAUGCAAAGUGGAAAAGUGUUCUGUGGUCUGACGAGUCCACAUUUCAAAUUGUUUUUGGAAACUGCACCAAAAAAGAAAAGAACCAUCCGGACUGUUCUAGGGUCAAAGUGUAAAAGGCAGCAUCUGUGAUGGUAUGGGGGUGUAUUAGUGUGCAAGGCAUGGGUAACUUACACAUCUGUGAAGAACAAUUAAUGCUGAAAGGUACAUACAGCUUUUGGAGCAACAUAUGUUGCCAUCGUUAUCAUGGACGCCCCUGCUUAUUUCAGCAAGACAAUGCCAAGCCACGUGUUACAACAGUAUGGCUUCAUAGUAAAAGAGUGCGGGUACUAGACUGGCUUGCCUGCAGUCCAGACAUUGAAAAUGUGUGGUGCAAUAUGAAGGCUAAAAUGUCAGAAUGGAGACUGUUGAACAACUUAAGCUGUACAUCAAGCAAGAAUGGGAAAUAAUUCCACUUCAAAAAUGUGUCUCCUCAGUUCUCAAACCUUUACUGAGUGUUGUUAAAAGGAAAGGCCAUGUAACACAGUGGUAAAAAUGCCUUUUUUUUUUAAAUGUGUUGCUGCCAUUAAAUUCUAAGUUCAUAAUUAUUUGCAAAAAAAAACGAAGAUUCUCAGUGUGAACAUGAAAUAUCUUGUCUUUGCAGUCUAUUCAAUUGAAUAUAAGUUGAAAAGGAUUUGCAAAUCAUUGUAUUCUCUUUUUAUUUACCAUUUACACGUGACAACUUCACUGCUAUUGGCUGUUGUAUAAUUACACACAUGCAUACAUCCAUAAUUAGUACUACACAUAUUUUAUACAUCCACAGUAUAACUACACCUGAUUUGUAGAUAUACAUAUGUUUAUAGAUCUAUAAUUAGACACCUUGUAUAGAUGUAGAUAUCUAUUCUGUGAUAAAAAAAAUUAAAAAAGCUGAUUGUUGCAUCCAAAACUUGAAUUUGUUGUCACUUUGAAACAUACUUAAGUGAUCUACUGAU